AUGGAAUUAGAAGAACUAACAUUACUUUUAGGUCCUUUUGCUCACACAACAAAAUUAAUCGGAGGGGCACAAUAUCCAACUCUUGAUUCUAUAACUAAAUGUUGGGAAGCACCUUUAAUGGAGGCUUACAUUUCCUCUUACCUAGAUCUUUGCUUCAAAAGUAUGUCCUUUGACAAAGAAAAAAAAAAAGAAGUUCAAAAAAUAAUAGCAGAAAUAAUAAACACAAAUACUAUUAAUACCUCAGAACAAACUAAAAUGGAUCAAUUUUUUGAUAGUGAUAAUCAAUCUGAUUAUCCAUCAGAUAAUAAAUUAGAAUAG